GUGUGAGGGGAGGGACCCUGUGAGGCCGCAGCUCCCUGUAACUCACCCCCUGGUGCCUCAGCCAACUGCCCCGAUUAUCUGCCCCACACAGGCCCAAAUACACUGGAUGGUCCCUUUUCCCCACACUUUAUAAAAGAAGCCAAAGACAAAUGAGAUUACAGUGGAUGGAUGGAUUUGCUGUGAAAUUCCGCAUUUCGCUAUUGCUAAAAAGAUUUGCCGAGUGAGGAAACAGUUGCAGGAAGGAAGGAGUGCUACAAAGUCCGACAUAACCUCAGCAACAGGGAUGAGUAACUUGAGUAAGAGGCUGAUCCAGGGACCCGCACCUGUACAGUAGGAAGUGCAGACAGAGAGACGACCGUACUGACCUGGGUACCGACCAUUGGCUGUAACCUUGUCCGUUCAAGUGAGGACACCACAGACAUGUAUCACGCCCGUUCCUAUAAAUCAUGUGUGGCCCUAUUCCUCAUUUUUUUGUUUCUACUCUCCACCUAUAAUUUUGUAAAGAUAAGAAAAUCUUGGACAUUACUAACAGCUCCUAAGUCCAACCUAACAGCCGCCGGAAGUAUCACGCCCCUGCAGGAUAAUAAAACCUUGAUCAUGUCAGCCUACUACGAUGAUAGAGAAUCGAACAACGUACGUAUUGUUGCAAUACUCAAUGUUGAUAAAGUCAAGGAACUCUAUUGCUGGUUUUUCUGCGAGUUCAGGAAGGGCUACAUCCCUGUCAGAGCACAAAUAGAUGUUCCUUCAGACCAGUUUGGUUUCCCUUACAGUGCAGCCAUUGUGCUCUGUAAGGAUCCCCAACUUUGUUUUUCUCAUCAUAUCUCCAUCCAUUCAACAAGCACAGGAGACAUCGAUGGCAUUCAAGUGUUUGAGAUCAAGAACCGUGAGCCGAGGUCCUUCUCCGCCAACUUCACUGUCUGCAUUUCCACCAUGUUUGGGAAUUCCAGCAACGUUCUGCAGUUCGUCCAGGCCAUAGAAAUGUACAGGAUUCUGGGAGCGCAGAAAGUUGUCAUCUAUAAAAACAGUUGCAGUCGAGCUAUCGGGCGGGCUGUAGAUUAUUAUGUGUCGGAAGGAGUUGUAGAGGUGGUACCAUGGCCCAUUGACCGUUACUUGAGGACAUCGGAUGCCUGGCACCAUGACAUGGAUCCAAAGAAUGAAAUCGGUUACUAUGGACAAGUGGCGGCUUUGAACGACUGUCUGUACAGAAACAUGUACAAGACAAAAUACCUGACGUUCAAUGAUAUUGAUGAGAUUAUUUUGCCAAGGAUACACACGGACUGGAAUGAGAUGAUGGAAACUCUACAGAAAGAACAUCCAGACAAAUCCGUCUUCCUGAUAGAAAACCACUACUACCCAAUCCAUCUCACAGACCACACGUUUGAUAACGCUUUCCCCAAAGAUGUUCCGGGACGCAACAUCCUUCAAUAUAUUUAUUAUGAACCGGAACAGCCCAAUGUCUAUAAUAAUCACAAAAUGAUAGUGAAUCCAAGGAAAGUGAUUCAAACGUCCGUUCACUUUUCCUUGAAAGCGUACGGAGGAAAUCUAGAUGUGGCCAAUCACAUUGCAGGCCUCCAUCAUAGCCGAGAAGCCAAGCAACCAAACCUUCCUUUUACGUCUCUCAUAAGAGACACGACCUUGUGGAAAUACAAUGUGACUCUCAUACGCAAUGUGAACAGAGUCUUAAAAAACCUCUCAUAGGUUGUUUAGUGACAGCUGCAGGUCCUUUGCGCCAUGUUUUGGCCAAAUGUAGAUUAAGGAGAACUUGUCUUCUAAAUUUUAUUGUGGCAGCUCCCAUCUGUCUGUAUAAAUACAAAUAUACAAAGAAGUGUGUAUAUACGUUUAUAUAAAUAUGUUGUAAAAAAAAAUGAACGUGCCUUCAAAUUAUUUCUCUAUUUCCCAGAAUUCCAUUAUGAUAAAUAACAAAAAUGAAAGG